CUCCGUAUCUUAUUUUUUUCGGCCGUGGGAGCCCCCAAGAUCCCCCGAAAGGUUUCCGUAGCCAUUUUGGCUCAAGAUCCAAGGUUCAAGGUCAUUUUCUCAGGAUCGAUUUCGAUUGCUGCCACGCCCGCAAAGUCGCGGCAUCAUGGCAGGAGACGAGACGCAGCCUCUGAAUGGUACGUCCGACGUUCCCCGCUCCAUGGGCAUGCUCGUUGCCGCCGCGGCCGCGGCGGGCCUCGUUUUCGGCGGCGCUGGCUUUGGAGCGGGCCUGAUGAUUGGCCGGCCGCACGCGGCGCGCCUGACGAUGAGCAACGGCGUGCUCUCGGCAGUCGCCGCCGACGGGCGGACGGCGUGCAAGAUCCCAGAGGGUUGGUGUAACGGCACCGACAUGCGCAAGGACGCGCUGUCGUACCGCGACUGCGACGGUGACGGCAUUCUGGACCCCUACUGCGAGGGGGGCCAGCUCCUUCGCUUCGGCUACAUCAGCUCCGCGAACGACUGCGCGGACAACUGGCCUACAGGCCUGUGUAAAAUCGCGCGUCACGCCGGCGAGAGGGCCGUCUCGAACGAGACCCACGCAGCCUCGAACGAGAUAACCAUCGUGCACUUCAACGACGUCUACAACAUUGCUGGCACGAUGGAGGAUGGCGUGCGCUUCGGCGGCAUGUCUCGCGCGGUGCACAUGCUCAAGAAGCUGCGCAAGCGCAACCCCGACCGCACGUUUGUGGUGUUCGCCGGCGAUUGCCUGUCGCCGUCCGUCUUGAGCGACAUGUUCAAGGGCGAGCAGAUGAUCGACGUGCUGAACGACAUGAAGCUGGACGCGGCCUCGCUGGGCAACCACGAGUUCGACUUUGGUGUGGAAUUGCUGGCCACCCGCCUUCAGGAGUCCAGCUUCCCCUGGCUCAACACCAACCUCAUGGACGAGAGUGGCCAGCUUCUCAAGCACACCACGGAGUACCUCAUCAAAUCCGUCGAGUGGGCGCCUCGGUGGGAGCCCGACCAGAAGCAGGAAAUCAAGGUGUGCUUCUUCGGCGUCGCGUACGACGUGAGGGAGACAAUGUUCAAAGACGUGGACAGGUUGACGUUCGAGAACGUACUCAACGCCUCCAGGAGGUCCGUGGAUUACCUCAAGAAUCAGGAGGGCUGCAAGGUGAUCUUGCCCUUGACCCACCAAUUCUCGGAGCAGGACUGCGAGCUGGCGAAGGAGCUCGGGGAUGACAUCGACCUGAUCCUCGGAGGUCACGACCACGCCACCGAGUUCACCUCAGUGUGCGGCAAGGCCCCGUACGUGAAGGCCGCCAGCGACCUGAAGACGCAGUGGGUGAUGACGCUUUGGCUCGACGACGACGGCAAGGUGGAGUCUGUCGACGGCCAAGAGUUCUCGCUGACGGACGCGGACCCCCACGACGAGGAGAUCCACGAGAAGAUCGUGAUGUGGGAGGAGAAGGCCGAGAAGGAGCUGGCCAAAUUGGUGGGCUGCCUGGGCGCCGAUCUGGACGCGGUCGCAUUUAACGUCCGCCGCGGGGAGACGACCAUGGGGAACUUCGGCGCGGACGCCGUGAGGGCGAUGCACAAGACGGACGUUGCGCUGAUCAACGGCGGGACCCUGCGCGGCAACAAGGUGUACUCUGCGGGCAAAGCCUCCCGCAAGGAUCUGCUCGAGAUACACCCGUUCGGAAACCAGGUGGCCAAGAUCUACGCCACCGGCAAGGAGCUCUUCGACUACAUUAACAUGAACCUGGACGGCUGGGACACGGCCUCGGGGGACUUCGUGCAGGUCUCCGGGCUCAGGUACGAGUUCGACCACGCCAAGCCCGCGGGCGAGCGCCUCCAGAAGCUCAUGACCGAGGACAAGAAGGAGGUGGACCCGGAGCAGAAGUUCACCGUCGCCAUCACAGAUUACAUGUUGUCCAACUCGCCUAUGCGCCACAACGAGUUGUACCAGAUGACGACCCUGAACGACGCGGUUCCUCUCUUCCAGGCUUUCGUGGAGGCCGUGUCGAACGCCGGAGAUGCUUGCUACACAGUGGAGCUUGACGGCCGCAUUAAGGACGUUGCAGCCUAGAGAGGCGCUGAUGAGCGCCAGGGAUGCCUGCUAAACCGCGGAGUUUGCGCCUUCUGAGUGGCAUGCGGCUGUGGCUCAAUAUUGUUCAGUCUAGUCUCGCUUUCCUUCUUCGGCCACCUCCCUCCCCUCCCCUCCCAUCCCUCUCUCCCCCUCCCGCGCCAGCGCUUUGCCGUGCACCCUCGCACGCUAGUUGUCUGAAUUUGGAGGCCCGGCGAAGCGCCGCGCACUUUCGUUCACACAAUUUGUAAGAGCUUCACGGAUUCCCAUCAUCAACGUACCAGACAUGGUGUUUUGAAAGGAUUCAGGAUUAUGCAGGUGCAACAGUUACGUUGGUUUGC